AUGGCCGGGCGGACCGCGCGGCUGGUGCUGCUGGCCGGAGUGGCCACGCUCGCCAGCGGCUCCCAGGGCGACCGCGAGCCGGUGUACCGCGAUUGCGUGCUGCGGUGCGAGGAACGGAACUGCUCGGGGGACGCGCUGAACCACUUCCGCUCCCGCCAGCCAAUCUACAUGAGCCUAGCAGGCUGGACCUGCCAGGACGACUGUAAGUAUGAGUGUAUGUGGGUUACCGUCCGCCUCUACCUCCAGGAAGGCCACAAAGUGCCUCAGUUCCAUGGCAAGUGGCCCUUCUCCCGGUUCCUGUUCUUCCAAGAGCCAGCGUCUGCCGUGGCCUCUUUCCUGAAUGGGCUGGCCAGCCUGGUGAUGCUCUGUCGCUACCGCACUUUUGUGCCAGCCUCCUCUCCCAUGUACCCCACCUGCAUGGCCUUCGCCUGGGUCUCCCUCAAUGCGUGGUUCUGGUCCACAGUCUUCCACACCAAGGACACGGACCUCACCGAGAAAAUGGACUACUUCUGCGCCUCCACCGUCAUCCUCCACUCCAUCUACCUGUGCUGUGUCAGGACCGUGGGGCUGCAGCGCCCAACGGUGGCCAGCGCCUUCCGGGCCCUCCUGCUGCUGCUGCUGACGGCGCACAUCUCCUACCUGAGCCUCGUCCGCUUCGACUACGGCUACAACCUGGCGGCCAACGUGGCGAUCGGCCUGGUGAACUUGGUGUGGUGGCUGGCCUGGUGCCUGUGGAACCGGCAGCAGCUGCCUCACGUGCGCAAGUGCAUGGCGGUGGUCCUGCUGCUGCAGGGGCUGUCGCUGCUCGAGCUGCUGGACUUCCCGCCCCUCUUCUGGGUCCUGGAUGCCCACGCCAUCUGGCACAUCAGCACCAUCCCCGUCCACGUGCUCUUUUUCAGCUUCCUGGAAGAGGACAGCCUGUACCUGCUGAAGGGAUCGAAGCUGGACUGA